AUGCUCUACAAGUUUGUUAUUGCCGUCGCAUUGGCGGCGAGCUCUGCCGUUGCGCAGAACAAUAACCAGAAUAAGGGGUUUCAGAACGCCAACAAUAAUGGAGGCAACAAAGGCAACAACAACGCCUUCAACAACGCCUUCAACAACGCCAACAACAACGCCAACAACAAUGCCAACAACAACGCCAACAAUAACGCCAACAACAACGCCAACAACAACGCCAACAAAAACGCCAACAAAAACGCCAACAACAACGCCAACAACAACGCAGCUGAUGGCCUCUCACUGCUAGGGAAUGCCUUUCAGGAGGGGUCUGCAGGUGGCUCUGCCAACAACGCCAACAAUAAUGCAGCUGGUGGCCUCACACUGCUAGCCAAUGCCGUUCAGAAGGGGUCUGCACAAGAUGGCUCUGCCAACAUCGCAGCCGGCCAGGCUAAGUCGAUUACUUCGGAUAACAACUUCAUAAACUUCUGCUCGGGGAAGACCCUGACAGAUGGCCUACAAGUUCAAGGAGGUUCUUGUAACGGAGUUGUCAUGGGAGACAUCCCCUCCAAAAGCAACAUGGUCUCCUCCAUAAUCACGUUCCCAACACAGGGCGGCAACAACAUCCAGGCCGACACCACCUUCGACAUCGAAGUCCAAAUGGCAAACAUCGUAGCCGGAACCUUCACCAACGCCGAUACCACCUACUACUCCGCCCCCCAGCAGCUCAAAGGCGGCAAGGUCGUCGGCCACACCCACAUCACCGUCCAGGAUCUCGGUAACACCCUGAACCCCAACACCCCCCCGGACGCCACGCAGUUCGCCUUCUUCAAGGGGAUCAACGAUGCUGGUGAUGGCAAUGGCGGGCUCUCGGCGACUGUUACGGGAGGACUUCCUGCGGGGAAUUACCGUGUUUGCACUAUGGCUUCCUCGUCGAACCAUCAGCUUGUUCUCAUGCCUGUUGCGCAGCGUGGUGCGUCUGAUGAUUGCACGAAGUUUACCGUUGGAGCUGCAAAUAACAAUAACGGUGGUAACAACAACAAUAACAACAACGCCCAGAACGGACGGGGUGGACAGGGAAGGCAAGGUGGCAGGGUCAACCGCCGCACAUUUGUUGUAUAA